CUUUCCAGGGGCUCUCCUGAUCUCCGUGGAGCUCCGCAUCGCUCGCCUCCGCGCCUGCCCCGGUGGUUUUGCUCCCCCCCGUCCCCACACACACGCACCCCCUCCCUCCUCUCCCCCCUUUUCGCUCCUGGUGGCCUUGUCGGGUGUGUUUUUUGCCUGGUGGAAAAGUCCCUGCUGCCCAGGAUGGGGGUCGGUGGGUGCUUAGCCCUGCCCUGGAGGUGCCUAGUCGUCCUCUGUCUCAGGCUGCUCUUCCUUGUGCCCGCAGGAGUGCCCGUGCGCAGCGGAGAUGCCACCUUCCCCAAAGCUAUGGACAACGUGACUGUGCGGCAAGGGGAGAGUGCCACGCUCAGGUGCUCCGUGGACAACCGCGUCACCCGCGUGGCCUGGCUGAACCGCAGCAGCAUCCUCUAUGCCGGCAAUGACAAGUGGUGCUUGGACCCUCGGGUGGUGCUUCUGGCCAACACCAAAACCCAGUACAGCAUCCAGAUCCACGACGUGGACGUGUACGAUGAGGGCCCCUACACCUGCUCCGUGCAGACAGACAAUCACCCCAAGACAUCACGCGUCCACCUCAUCGUGCAAGUGUCGCCGAAAAUUACCGAGAUCUCUUCUGACAUCUCCAUCAACGAAGGCGGCAACGUCAGCCUCACCUGCAUAGCCACCGGCAGGCCAGAUCCAACAAUCACCUGGAGACACAUCUCGCCCAAAGCCGUGGGCUUCAUCAGCGAGGACGAGUACCUGGAGAUCACGGGCAUCACGCGGGAGCAGUCGGGCGAGUACGAGUGCAGCGCCUCCAACGACGUGGCAGCGCCUGUCGUCCAGCGAGUCAAAGUCACCGUCAACUACCCGCCGUACAUCUCGGACGCGAAGAGCACCGGGGUGCCGGUGGGGCAGAAGGGCAUCCUGCUGUGCGAGGCCUCCGCCGUCCCCUCUGCCGACUUCCAGUGGUACAAAGACGACAAGCGGCUGGCCGAAGGCCAAAAAGGGCUGAAAGUGGAAAACAAAGCCUUCUUCUCCCGGCUGACCUUCUUCAACGUCUCCGAGCAGGACUACGGCAACUACACCUGCGUAGCCUCCAACCAGCUAGGGAACACCAACGCCAGCAUGAUCCUCUACGAAGAGACAACAACCGCUCUGACACCCUGGAAAGGCCCCGGUGCAGUGCACGAUGGCAACAACGGCGCGUGGCGGCGAGGCGGCUGCGCCUGGCUGCUCGCCCUGCCGCUCGCCCAGCUCGCCCGCCUGUUUUGAUCCCCAAGCCGGCCCCGCGGAGCGGUGACGACCACGGCCAGCGAGCGACAGCAGAAAGGAGAGGAAGAAGAUGUAUUCACUGUUUCCGAAAAUAAUCAUAAGAAUUGAGAGAGUGUCCGGCCAGGCCUUCUGGGGGAGGGGGAGAGAGGAAAAACACGCAAAAAAUGCAAAGUUAAUUUGAAAAGGAGGAAAAAAAAAAAAAAUAUCCAAGGCUUCCUGCUGAAGAUGCAACGCGACUGAGUCUUUUUCUUUCCUCUUUGUUUAUUUUUUCGCCCACCCCUUUUCCUCCCCUGUUUCGUCGUUCUCUGCCACGGGCCGGCGCGGAGGAUGGGUCGGGCGCAGCGCUGUCGCCCCCGGUCCCCUUCGCCGUCCCCGCUCGCCCGGGGCCCCUCCGUCCGGAUGCGCAGGUUUUCUUCUUUGCCGAGAUUUCCCCGUCUUCUCAUGGACCGUGCCGCCAUUUGUGUUCCGAAAUAUAUAUAUAUAUAUCCACAUAUACAUAUAUAUAUAUGUAUAGAUAUAUAGAUCUUCAACAGCCACCACGCCGCCACGAACAGAAAGGGAGGAAGGAGACCGGUGCCGAGCCACGCGUUCAUCGUACCCCACGCGGACAUCGUGAAUGAUAAGGGAUUCUGAGUCACGGUUAAUUUUAUUAAUUAUAUUUUCUGAUAUGAGCCUAGAACUCUUAGUUCCUAAAAAACAAAAACGCAAAAAAAAAAAGAAAAAAAAAAAAAAGAAAAGAAAACCAGGAGCUGGGGAGCAAGCGGAGAGGAGAAGUUUGUUCACCGAGGUUUGUGCCGGCUCGUCCGCAGGCGAGGAGCUCAAAAUGCCCAAGAACCGCGGCCGGCCGAACAGUUCCUCUGGCAGCGUUGCCAAAAACGCCGAGGGAAUGGGCGAUGCUCACCGCGCAUCACGGCGGAGGGAGACGCCGAACCUUUUUAUGGGAUAUAUAUAUACAGUAUAUAUAAAUAUACAUAUAUAUAUAUAUAAUUUUUUUUUGUUAGCGUUCUAGCCACGGUUCCCAGCAGGGUCCUUCCGCUGCCAUUACUGCAUGCUGUAUAUGGAGUUAGGUGUGUAUUGGUCCUCCACGAGACGAGAAGAGGUUCUCGGGCCACGCGUGCCCAGGUCCCGUCGCCUUUCCGCCCUCGGGUGCUGGGGACGAGGGGACACGGGCGCCCACGCAGGGUCCGGGCCCCUCUCCGGCACCUUUCGCCACGCGGCCCCGGACCUUGGCGGUGGAAUAAAGCGAACCGAGGGAUGGACAUAGAUAGAGAUCUAUAUAGCUCAGUUUUAUAUUUAUAUAUAUAUAUGUAUAUGUGUGUGUGUGUGCGUGCGUGUGUGUGUAUAUAUAUAUAUAUAUAUAUAUAAAAAAAAAGAAGGCGAAGCAAUUGGCACCCGCCGCCGAGCCAUCGGCCAAGCUCCGAGACGCGGGACAACUCGACUCGCUUUAUUUUUCGCGGGGGUCUCUCCUGCGCUUUCUUUUCCUCCUUUGGUUUCCUUUCCUUCUCCAGGGGCGCGCGGCGGGGCCCGGGCGCGGGCGGGCGGGCGGCGAGGGGGCUCUCUCUGCCUCUAUCCAUUAAAACGAUUGUUCCAUGUG